AUGGGAGAGGAAGAGAAGAAACCAGAAGCAGUAGAAGAGAAGAAAAUGGAGGAGAAGAAACCAGAAGAGGAGAAAAAAGAAGUAGAAAAAAAGAAAGUGGAGGAGGUAGCUGAGAAAAAAGGAGAUGAUUCUGAGAAGAAACCUCAAGAAGGAGGAGGAGAACCUAACAAAGAUUCCAAAGAAGAUUCUCCUCCGCCGGCGCCUGAGGCUCCAGCACCGCCUCCUCCUCCGCAAGAGGUUGUCCUUAAGGUUUACAUGCACUGUGAAGGAUGUGCUAGAAAAGUCCGCCGUUCCCUCAAAGGCUUCCAAGGAGUGGAAGAUGUGAUGACUGAUUGUAAAACGGGGAAAGUGGUGGUGAAAGGUGAGAAAGCUGAUCCAUUGAAAGUAUUAGCCAGGGUUCAGAGGAAGACCCACCGUCAAGUUGAGCUUAUAUCUCCGAUUCCUCCACCGUCUCCGCCCCCGGAGAAGAAAGCAGAGGAGGAGAAACCUAAAGUGGAAGAGAAGAAAGUGGAGCCUCCGGUAGUGUUGACGGUGGUACUGAAGGUUCACAUGCACUGCGAAGCUUGUGCGACGGAGAUAAAAAAACGGAUCAUGAGAAUGAAAGGAGUGGAAUCUGCUGAAUCCGACUUGAAGGGUUCUCAAGUGUCUGUGAAAGGAGUGUUUGAACCUCAAAAGCUCGUUGAAUACGUUUAUAAGCGAACUGGAAAACAUGCAGCGAUCAUGAAAAUCGACCCGCCGCCUCCACCGCCACCCGAAGAGGCAGCAGCGGAAGCAGAGAAGAAAGAAGAAGGAAAGGGAGAAAACGGUGGGGGAGAAUCCAAAGGCGAAGAAGGGAAGAAGGACGAAAAUGCAAAGACGGACGAAGAAAAGAAAGAAGGGGAUGGCGGUAAAGAAGAAGGCAAAGCGGCAGAAAACGGUGGAGGCGGUGAAAGUGGGGGUGGCGGUGAGGAGGGAGAAAAAAUUGUGGAGGUGAGAAAGAUAGAGAAUCCUUAUUACUACUACUAUUACCAACCGCCGCGUGUGGCGGUUCCACCAAUGGAAAUGCCGCAUGCUUAUCCGCCUCAAUUAUUCAGCGACGAGAAUCCAAACGCAUGUACCGUAAUGUAACAAAGAAAAACGCAAAUGCUAUAAAAUGGGUAUAAUGGGGAAUAUUUUGAACAAUUUUGAUGAAGUGGGGUUCGUCGUGGCCUUUGCUGUCUCUCUUAGCAUGCAUGUGGUUUUCUUCUUAAUGUGUUUGUGCAGCUAGCUUUUUUUCUUUAAAGUGUAAUUUUACGUUAAGAGCAACUCUGGAAUUGUGAGUUAUUGUUAAUGGCUAUAAGCAAUAAAAUAAAUAAAUUUACUACCA